AUGCGUGUGUUGGUGGAUGCGCGGGACAAGCUGGGGAUUCCGUGGCAGAACUCUGAAAAUGAGAAGCACGGCAUGUUUGUGAUGUCAUUCGAGGGGCGUGGUGGAGUGGCGGUGGAACCAAUAGAAUUCCAGCUUUAUGGUCUGGCGCUGGACGCUCUGUGGAGGGAUUCUGGGAUACAGGAGGCCUACGCACGACGCAGUGAGUUUCAACUGGUGAGUCCUAGAGAGAUACAGACACACACACACACACACACAGAGAUACACACAGACAGACACACACACACACACACACACACAUGACAGCCGUGUCGGAGAUAGAAAAUCUGACAAAGAGACACACACUCAAAUACACUCUUAGAAAAAAGGGUUCCAAAAUGGUUCUUCGGCUGUCUCCAUAGGAUAACUAUUUUUGGUUCCAAGUAGAACUCUUUUGGGUUCCAGGUAGAACCCUCUGUGGAAAGGGUUCUACAUGGAACCCAAAAGGGUUCUUCAAGGGGUUCUCCUAUGGGGACAGCUGAAGAAUCCUUGCAGAUCCUAGACAGCACCGUUGUCUCUGAGAGUGUUUCCAAGCCUCAUCUCAGGUUGAACUCUUUUGAACGUUGAACACAGCUCUAACUUAUCUAGAGACUGUGACAUCAUAAUAACAACACACUGUCUCUCUCUCUGACACAAACACACCACAGGGGGUGGACAGUGUAGUGUGUGUAGUGUGUGUAGAGUCUGUACAGUGUGUAGUGUGUGUGUAGAGUGUGUAGUGUGUGUAGUGUGUGUGUAGGUUUGUAUGUUCCCAGGUGUCUAG